GCCGGGCACGCGGGCUGGACCCACGGGGACGCGCGGGGUGGCCAGGCGCGGCCCGAUCCCCGAAACGCUGUCUGGGUCCCUGGGGGCGUGAUAGAUAAUGAGCUUCCCGUCCUUGGAGGUGUGCAAGUGGAGCCUGCGCCGGGAUCCCUCAGGCCGGUGAGGCGGGACUCCGCGCUAGACGCACGCCCCCUCCCAGCCCCGGGACCUGCUCCUCGAUGCCCGGCCGCGAUACUGGGGUGUGUGUUGGGGAUGUUCACCGCCGCCACCCAGUGAGGAGGGGGCCGCAGCCCUGGCCUGAAGCUCCUCGCAGCGGACCAGCCCCUGCCCUGGCCCACCAGGAGGCGCCCCGGCCUGGUGGUGGCCCUAGACCUCCCCGCUGUGGCGUGCCUGACCCACCUGGGGGGCCAAGUGCGCGCAACCGCCAAAAGCGGUUCGUGCUGUCUGGUGGGCGCUGGGAGAAGACCGACCUCACUUACAGGAUCCUCCGGUUCCCAUGGCAGCUGGUGCGGGAACAGGUGCGGCAGACAGUGGCAGAGGCCCUACAGGUGUGGAGCGAUGUGACGCCACUCACCUUCACCGAGGUGCACGAGGGCCAUGCCGACAUCAUGAUUGACUUCACCAGGUACUGGCAUGGGGACAACCUGCCCUUUGAUGGACCUGGGGGCAUCCUGGCCCAUGCCUUCUUCCCCAAGACCCACCGAGAAGGGGAUGUCCACUUUGACUAUGAUGAGACCUGGACAGUGGGGGACAACCAGGGCACAGACCUCCUGCAGGUGGCAGCCCACGAAUUUGGCCACGUGCUCGGGCUGCAGCACACAACAGCUGCUAAGGCCCUCAUGUCCCCUUUCUACACCUUCCGCUACCCGCUGAGCCUCAGCCCAGAUGACCGCAGGGGUAUCCAGCACCUCUAUGGGCAGCCUCAGCUAGCCCCCACCUCGGGAUCCCCAGACCUGGGCCACAGGGCUGGGGUGGACACCAAUGAGAUUGCACCACUGGAGCCGGACACUCUACCAGACGCCUGCCAGGUCUCCUUUGAUGCAGUUGCCACCAUCCGUGGUGAACUCUUCUUCUUCAAGGCAGGCUUUGUAUGGCGGCUGCGCAGGGGCCACCUGCAGCCUGGCUACCCUGCACUGGCCUCUCGCCACUGGCAGGGACUGCCCAGCCCCGUGGAUGCAGCUUUUGAGGAUUCCCAGGGCCACAUCUGGUUCUUCCAAGGAGCUCAGUACUGGGUGUAUGAUGGUGAGAAGCCAGCCCUGGGUCCCGCACCGCUCUCUGAUCUGGGCCUGCCCGGCUCUCCUGUCCACGCCGCCCUGGUCUGGGGCCCCGAGAAGAACAAGGUCUACUUCUUCCGAGGCGGAGACUACUGGCGCUUCCAUCCCAGCACCCACCGUGUGGAUAGCCCCGUGCCUCGCCGGGCCACUGACUGGCGAGGGGUGCCCUCUGAGAUCGACGCUGCCUUCCAGGAUGCCGAUGGCUAUGCCUACUUCCUACGUGGCCGCCUCUACUGGAAGUUUGACCCUGUGAAGGUGAAGGCCCUGGAGGGCUUCCCCCGCCUCGUGGGCCUGGACUUCUUUGGCUGUUCCGAGCCUGCCAACACUUUCCGCUAGCCACGGCUUGGAUGUCCUCAGGGCUCCUGACCCUUGUCUGGCCAGCUGGAGACCGCGGUCAUCUUUGUUGCUGUGGGCACCAGGCUUGGCACAGAGCCCUGGGGGGUGGGGAGGAGGGCUGCUGCCACCAAGACUGCAGGGGGGCCAUGGAGGUCAUGGCCAGCUGCCAUCAGCCGUCUCAGACUUGGACCAGGAGGCUUUAGUGUUAAGGGUGAGGGUGGCUGAGGGUGCCCAUGGCUCCACCAUUCCCGUGCAGGUCACGGUAAAACCCAGCUGCCCUUGGUCUCCACCCUCAUCUCUCAGGUAGGACCUUGGCUGGGCUGGGGGAGCUGGAGUCCUCACGAUCCCUGCUGCGGGAGUUCCACAGGGUGCUGGUGGUCUUGGGGCCCUGUGCCUUCUGCCCUUUCCCGAGAAGUCAGC